AUGAUGUCGAAUUUUAAUCAAAUGUCUUCUAAUAAUUAUGCUACCAUGCCAAUAAUGAAUUCCCAACUUCAAAUGACAAAUUCAAGUUUCAUCAAAUCUGAAAUUGAACGUUUUGAAGGUGUACAUCCAUCGAUUUAUUCAAUCUAUGAAUUAAUCGAUCAGAUUAAAGAUCAACUAAAUACUCAAGCAAAUAUUCGUGAACAUGUUAUGAUUAUCGAAGAUUCAUUUGUGAACAGUCAAGAAUGGACAUUGAGCCGAAAUGUAUUAGAUAUUCGAAUAGGCUUGUUAGGCUCAAUAUCAAGUGGAAAAUCUGCCUUAGUUCAUCGAUUUUUAACUGGUAUUUAUAUGCAAGAAGAUUCUCCUGAAGGUGGAAGAUUUAAAAAAGAGAUUAACAUCGAUAAUCAAAGUUACUUAUUACUUAUUCGAGAUGAAGCUAAUGCACCGGAUACACAAUUUACUCAUUGGGUUGAUGCUGUUGUGUUUGUAUUUAGUUUAGAAAAUGAAGAAAGUUUUAAAACAAUUUAUCAAUAUUAUACAAAAAUGAGCCAUUACAGAAAUAUAGGCGAUAUGCCCUUAAUUCUUGUGGGUACACAAGAUGCGAUCAGUGAAAGUAACCCACGUGUUAUACAUGAAGAUCGAGCGAGAAAAUUAGCAAAUGAACUUAAACAUUGUACAUAUUAUGAAACAUGUGCCACAUAUGGUCUUAAUGUUGAAAGAGUAUUUCAUGAUGUUUGUCAAAAAGUUGCCCAACAACGAUAUGGUUUUUCAACGUCAACAUUAUCAUCCAAUCGUUCCAUAGCAUCUCAACAACAAUCACCAUUGUCAAAUCAAAUAAGAAUUUUAACAAAUUCUCAAAGUGCUACACAAUCUUCGCAUUUAACUGGAAAUGUAAAUUUAGCUAAAACAGCGCCAGCAUCAAUAUUUGCAUCUUACCACUAUGAUCAACAGCAACCUAUUCUUUCGCCUCCAACGCAAAAUAUACCUAUUGCACAACUUGCUCAGUGUGUCAAUACUCAAGCAAUGAAUGGUGUACUUAAAGAUCGGAAUAAUCAACAACAGCAACAACAAUUGAUUCAAGUUGAUAAACGUACUCGAUCAUUUAAAGAACCAUUCGCAGGAAAACUAUCAACGCUUAGUGAAACACAAACAUUACCUAUAUAUGAAGGACAAUCAAGAAUUGAUACCAAUGAACAAGUAACACCGACACAAAAAAGAAAAGAAUCAAAAAGAAAAUCAAAUAUAUUCACACCUGGAAAAAAAGAUGAAGAUAAAAAUAAAUCUGAUCGAUUAGGACAUGGCCGAGCAAUACCAAUACGACAGGGUUUCCUGUAUAAAAAAGGAACAAACAGUAUUAAUCGAGAAUGGAAAAAGAAAUAUGUUGUUCUAUUAGAUGAUGGUCGAAUAAUUUAUCAUCCAUCAUUACAUGAUUAUGAAAAUGAUUCUCAUGGAAAAGAAAUAAUUCUUCAACGGACGUCAAUUAAAAUUCCAGGUUCAAAUAAAUCUCGUAUCGCAUUACGUAGCUCGAAUAAUGAUAGUAAAUUAAAUGAUGUCAUAUCAACAGAUUCAUUAUCAACUACAUCAAGCAAAAUCGAAACACCGAAUGCAAAAAAACGUCAUCGCCGUUAUCAACAAUCAAAUGCGAGUAAUUCAACCAAUAAUUUUACAACACCAAAGUCAACAUCGAAUUCUAAUGGUGGCGACGAUGAUGGCGAUGAAAAUGUUUUUAUUAUUGUGUCAUUGGAUAAACAAUGGUUUUUUGAAGCACAGUCAAACGAAGAACGUGACGAAUGGGUACAAGCUAUUGAACAACAAAUUCUAUUUAGUUUACAAAAUAUCGAGUCAUCAAAAGCAGCACGAGCAGCUAAAAUAGGUGGAUCAACUAUAGCUGACUCAGCAUCAGUACAAGCCAUUAAACAAAUACUUGGGAAUAAUUUUUGUGCAGAUUGUGAUCAAAUGAAUCCAACAUGGGCUUCAUUGAAUAUUGGCUCACUAAUUUGCAUGGAUUGUGCAUCGUUACAUAGAAAUCUUGGUACACAUUUAUCACGUGUUCGAUCACUUGAACUAGACGAAUGGCCAUCGGAACUUGUACAAGUAAUGCGUUCGAUUGGAAAUAAACUAGUCAAUUCAAUAUGGGAAGUAAAUAUCAAAAAUCGAAUUAAACCUCAACCGAAUGCUUCUUCAUCUGAGCGCGAACGAUGGAUUCGGGACAAAUAUGAACAAAAAUUAUUUGUUGCGCCGUUAUCAAUUUUACCUAAUCAAGCACGACAAUCACUUAUUGAAGCUAUAUCAAAAGAAGAUUUGUAUACAGUUAUACUUAUCUUAGCUCAUAGAAAAAUAUCACCGGAUGAUCUCAAUUCUUCAUUAUUACAUGUAGCGGCUUCACAAGGAAAUGUUACUAUGUUACAACUUCUUCUUUGGUAUGGUGCUGAUCCAUUUUUAAUGGAUAGUCAUGGUCGCACACCUCUUCAAUGUGCCAAUGGCGAUUGCCUUCAAGUCCUUCAAACAUUAACCAAUAAUCAUAUAAACUCACAACAACAAUUAAAACAAACAGCAAUUUCUCCGCAACAUGGUACAUUACCUCGCCAACGGCCACCUGCAUCAUCUCCCGCUCCACCUUAUGAUAAACUUCCAUCAUCUGUUAUUUAA